ACUAUUUAUAUAUGGCGUAUUUUGGCGUGGCGGUGCACACUGGCAUAUUACCCCGCGCUGCCACACACCUCCUGCACCACCACACUUAAUAAUGGACAAGCCACAUCUGCGACCUUUCGGUGCAGGUGGAGGAACUGGUGGAAGUGGUAUUAGUGGUGGUGAAUACUCCCAGAUUGGAGGUUCAGACUCUGAUGACUCACGAUCCAGCAUCUCUCGCUCAGAUGACAAUGAGAACGAAGGUCUUCCCUGUAUUAUUUACACUUCUGACGAUUCAGCAGAUGUAGGCCAGUCUGACAGUACUUGUAUAGACUCUGAGGGAAUGGGAUACAUUGCUCACAAUGUGCAGAUACAAGAUGAUGAGGGGUCGCAUAGGUUGCUGUUAGAUUCAGAGUGUCCCAGCCCUCAGCCUUCUCCUCAGCCAGAUACUUGCUUUGCUGUGUCUCAUCCUCUGGCUGCUGUAACUUUCAGUACAGGUUUAGAUUCCGACAUCGGAAUGGUAGAUGACCUGGAUCUGCAGAAAGAUCCUGAAUGCCAUGGAUUUGUCGGUAGUCCUCACCUUGGUGUGCAUUCUGAGGGACGUACAUAUGAGAGAAGUGCCAGUGUAUCUUCAGCGUCAUCUGGGUCAUCUCCUGAGGCACAGCAGCCUCUGUUACCCGAAUAUCAUACCUUACCAGAUUUUGAGGAUUAUGCUGGUGUUGAGUAUGAACCUCUUCAUGACCACACCAUAUCUAGAGGAAAAAUGCCCUUGCUUGGACGUCUGAUGGUGGGCUCAGAUGUUCAUAUUGAUGCUAAGUACAAGGAUGCUCCCUAUGUUAACUGGAACUGGGGUCGCAUUCGUCAGACUUGUGUGCUGCUCAAUAUGUCUGUUCUUCUCAGUCUUCUGUGUGUGGGUGUGGGGCUCCUCAUUCAGAUGCCCCAAGGGUCUGAGUGUGAUCCUGCUCAUGCCUGGUGGCAAGGCUCAGUCAUGUAUGAAAUUUAUGUUCCAAGUUUUCAAGACUCCAAUGCAGAUGGAGUUGGAGAUUUACCUGGCCUUAUAUCGAAACUUGAGUACAUCCAGAAUUUGGGGAUCAAAGCAGUGAGGCUCAAUUCAAUUAUGGAAGCUAGCGACUACCUGAACAACUUGACCUCCAUCACCAACUACACUGCUGUGGACCCGCUGCUGGGAGACUCAAAUGACGUCAAGCUGUUGGCUGCUCUUUUACACCAGAAGGGAAUGUAUUUGUUAAUGGACAUGCCACUAAAUUCUCUGCAAGUCACUGUUCCAGUUAUGGGAAACAUUGCAAAUGAAGAAGGGGUAGGAAAUGCAAAAAGUAUCCAUAGUGUGAGUCUUGCGGAGGUGUACCCCGUGCUGCAGUACUGGUUGUCUCUUGGUGUUGAUGGCUUCUUUUUCACAGACAUCACUCAGUUCACAAGUGAGCCAGGUCUUGUGGAGGCCAUGCAUGAGUGGAGGAAUAUACUGGACCGCUUCAGUAAGGGCAUGGAGCACAAAGUAAUGAUGGUUCCUGUAGCCUUGCUCAACAACUUGAAGUCCAUGGAGUUUCCACACCUUGACCACCUUCUCCAGCUCGUGGACCUCAUUGAUGUUCCUGUUAACCUCACUGGAUCAGCUGAGACGAUUCCGGAAGUUUUGAAGUCGGCUACUGCUUGGGAUAGUCAUGUAUCGUUACCAUGGAUUAAUUGGAAUAUGGGAGGAGUGAAGAGGGAACGCGUUGCCACCUUGACUCGACAUCACCCACUUGGCCGUGCUCUGCUGCUGCUCUUCUUUCCUGGGACCAUCACUCUCUAUUAUGGAGAUGAGCUCGGCGGCCUCUCCCAAACCUCACAGGCAAGAAGUUGGUCGACUGUCAUGCGUUGGAAUGGAGGCAAGCAUGCAGGCUUCAGCUCAGUUAAGCCUUGGCAUGAUUUAAGUGUGGGAUGGGAAAAUGACAAUAUAGAGGUUCAGAACAAUACCAUCUCCACUCUCGCCACCAUGAUUUCUGCUCGACAAGAGAAGGUCCCUAUAUACAUUAAUGGCAUCUUUGACUAUGAAGGUGACUACCACCCAUCCAAGGCAGCUAAUUACAGGGUGAGGCAUUCAGAUCAUGAACUGAUCAUUAUAGAUCGUUUUUACCCUCGACGAAAUCAGUAUGCUGUUGUUGCAAAUCUCGGUCAUAACACUAUUGAUCAAGACCUGUCACAUUUCUACUUUGGAGGCUCCGUCCUUGCAUCUUCACAUGGACAAUCUGGUUAUGUAAUGUUCAGGAACAUUAGUUUGCAACCAGGAGAAGCUCUAGCAUGUAUAUUGGAUUUAUAAAUAUUGUAUAGUGUUAUAUGUAAAUUGUAAACUGCUAGUUUAUUGAGUGUAUGACCUUCAGAAAUGCUGUUAUGAUAAUGAAUGUGCCAUAUCAAACUGGCAACAUAACUUCAAGCUUCAGUAUUUUAUGAAAUAUUUAUUAAUGUCAGUUUAACCAAGUAUUUUAUUAUAGGGAAAGUGUGUGGUAUUUAUAUACUGUACUCACCCAGCAUAACUUUCAGCCACAUGACUCAUUCUAUACUACUUGUAACACUACAAAAUUUCUUUCUAACAGUACAGAUCUAGAGUACAAUGUAACCUCAUGGAAUGGAAUAAUUUUCACAAGGACCUAUUCUGUUUCACAAAGGAGGAAAAUCCUGUCAAACAUUUAACCAUUUAUCAAUAUUCCCUGCUAAUUAUCUGAGCGAGAUUGCCCCAAGUCAUUCCUCAAGCCAAGGUGUGACCUACCCUGAACACAACCCUCCUCUCAGGCUAUCAUUGACAUGGGCCACAGUUCCUCCUAUCUUGCUUAACCUGACUACUACUGCUUCUUCUACUGUACUGGUAAACAUCUUAUUAAUUCAUAAAUAGCCAAAGAAAUGAUGGCUGAGAACUUGAGUAAGGAGAAGUUGUGCCAUGUCAUUGGAGGAUGACACACCUGGCUGGGACACACAGUUACACUCGCAUAUAUAUAUAUAUAUAUAUAUAUAUGUCGUA